AUGUCCACGCCAAGCCCCCAAAGCACAGGCAGCAAAGCAGGAGAACAUGUUUCCUCCAACGCACAGCGCGUAUCUGCGAUACAAGAAGCGGCGGGAUCGCGCCCCGUCUCUGGGUCCACGCCCAGGAGCUUUACGCAAGAGACAGAGCUUCUCAUCUCGGGCUCUGUGGCCGACGACAGCGACGCGCCAUUAAGGCGGCCGCGCUCUGAAAUGGUUCUGUCUGAGGCCGAAGCAGCGCGGCGGCUAAAGAGACAUUUGCUCACAGCCGCGGAGCUACGGGAGCCUGGGUGGCAGCAACGACAAUGGGUAUCGGACGAGAACGACGGCGAGGACGAAGGUGACAGCAACCGGAAUGCAUCGGACGAUGAGGAGCCUGUGGAUCCGUUUACGCUCCCGUCGGGCGACAUCACGCACCCGCUAUACCGCACGCGGCGGAACCAUAACCGCACGCGGUCGUUUUCUGCGGCGCCGUCGGACACGGAGUGGGGCCUCGGGUACACGCCCGACCAGAUCCUGGCACCCGGCGGGUUCAGGCGGCAGUUUGUGCACGAGCGUGCGGCGCAGCAGGGCCGGCCGGCCAAUAUUCUGACGGCGAACUUUGUCGACUACAUGGGCUCUACGGCCACUUUGCCGGCGGCGAUUACCCGAGAAGCGGGUGGCGACGAGGAGGAGGGCGGCGCUGAGGAGCGCGCGGCACUGAUCAGGGCUUCCAAGCGACAGGCGCGCGAUAUCAGGGGCACAGCAACCCCGCGCAAGGCGUUCUUCCUGCUGAUAAAGUCAUUUGUCGGAACGGGGAUCCUGGUGCUGCCACGCGCGUUUUUCAACGGUGGGCUGGUCUUCUCGACGGUGCUUAUGUCGGCCAUUGCCUGGUACGCGCUGCACUGCAUGAUCAUGCUCUACGGCGACCUCGCACUCAAGCUGUACGGCCGGCCGCUAAAGUACUGCGUGCUCGUUUCUAUUGUGUUGGCGCAGCUGGGAUUCUGCUGCGCAUAUGUCAUUUUCGUUGCGACCAAUAUGCAGGACCUGUGGAAUUCGCUCACCGGGUGCCGGUACCAGUUUUCGGCCGAGGCAUGGAUCGUCGUGCAGCUGCUGGUGUAUAUUCCGCUGUCCUUUGUGCGCAAAAUCAAAAAGUUUGCCUCGAUCUCGGUUAUUGGGAACUUUUUCAUUCUCGUUGGACUGGGCUACCUGUUUGUUUACGACUUUUGGUCGCUGGCUCAAGUUCCCGCUGCUGGUGGGCACGGCGCCUUCUCGUACGAGGGCAUUUCGCUGGUGAUCCCGAUUGUCGAGAGCAUGGAGCACAAAGAAAAGUUCAACAAGGUGCUCACGUCCUCGCUAGUGAUCUGUGCGGGGCUCUUUCCCGUUGUUCUGCUCAACCUGCCCAGCGGAUCCAUGUGGACAUUGGGCAUACAGCUCCUGUACUCCCUAGCCAUCAUCAUGUCUGUACCCUUGCAGCUGGAAGGGAAUUUGGUCGUGAAGACGCAAAAGAACUUGUUUCGCACUUUGGUCGUUGUGGUUGUAGCGCUGGUGGCUGUGUUUGGCGCCGAGAAGCUCGACAAUUUCAUCGCUAUUGUCGGUGCCGGCGCCUGCAUUCCGCUGUCCUUUCUGUUCCCGCCGAUGCUGCACUACCGCGUGUUUGCCAAUACUUUGGGCGCAAAGAUUAAGGAUAUGGCUUGA